AUAUCAUCCAUCAUAUUAUUCACAUCAAAAUCAACUUCAUAACUCUUCCUCUAUUCAAGACACACUAUCAGAAAUACCUGGUCGUUCUUCUUGUGGUCAACCUAAAAAAUGGAAAAGAGGUCCAAAACGUCAAAAGUCAUCAAAAUCUCAACAUCAAAGAAAAGGACACCAACAUUUUGGUGGUUUCCGACCAUCAUCAGUAUUGACUUCUUCAUCAUUAUCUUUGGGACAACAAAAACAAAACAAUUUAUCAUCAUCUAUACCAAGACCAGUGCCAUCAUCAUCAUCGACAUUAUCAACAUCAUCUACAUCAACAACUUCAUCCAAUGAAUCAAGUUUCGAUUUUCGUAUGCCAUCAACAUUAGAUACCACACCAACUGAAAUGCCAAUGACAACUAUACCUCCACCUUCAUAUGAAGCACCUUUAUGGCCAAAUUAUCUUUGCUUAUAUCUGGAAUAUGCAACUGCAGGCAAUCCUUCAAUGACGACAUCCCAUACUUUGGCUCAACUACCUCAUUGUUUUCCAAUUCCCAAGUCAAGUAUACCUUCAACUAGUGAUGCUAUGAAAGAACGAUAUCUAUCUUUGGCUCAGCUCAACCCGUCACUUUCAUUGAUAUCACCUGACGCGACAUUAUUUGCCAAGAUGAAACUGGAUUUGAAUUUCAACAUGAACGACUUUUUCUUCAAUAACACGUGCUUCUUUGAAUCCAAGGAUCGGCGAAUGAUUGAAUGCACAACGACGAUCUAUUCAUUUGGUAAAGUGGUCUUGGAAUCAAAAGAAAUGCAACAAGCACUAUGGGUCCCUGAAGGCAAGUAUAUGUAUAGUUUCGUCUAUGUCAAUCAAUUCUUCGAUGCAUUCAUGAAAGGUGUCCAAUCUUUACAAUCUUGGGAAGAGGUCGAUAUCGCCAUACAUAAUCUCUGUAUUGUACAAGUCUUUGAAGAUAUGGAAGCCAAAUGUCACUCAUCUUAUCUUGUGGAUUCUAAUCUUCCCACCAAUACUUCGCCAACAUCAUCAUCAUCAUCAUCAGCAACAAUCACCGAAACAACCGCUAACUUACAACCUCUUGAAUCAGUCAUAAAUGAAAACAAUAAGGAUCAAUACCAAAUCAUGAUGAAUUAUCCUUGUAGUCCUCAAGAACCAUCAUCAUCAUCGUCAUCAUCCACUUCAUCUAGUACAUCAUCCGCCACCACUCCUGCUUCCUCUACAUCUUCAUCUUCAUCUCUUUCCACUUUAUUCAAUAGUACUGUCAAAAAUUGCAUUCAUCCUUCUAUAACAAAACAUGGUGGCACUGGUAGUCACCUAUUGGCUGUGGUAUAUGAAUUCGAACGCGGACAAGGCACUAUUGACAUGACGACUAUCCAUGAAGAUGUAUCACAAAAAGCUCAACAACAACAACAACAUCAUCAAGAUACCAUUAUGUCUUAGGAUUAGAAUAUACUCCACCAUAACAAUCUGUUAUUACAUACAACUAGUUUGCUCUUUUU